UUUUCCAGGUGCCCCGUGUCAAAAGUGUGUGUGUGUGUGGGGGUGGGGAGUCUUGAUACAAUGCUGUCACUGUUUAUUGCACUGAGCUCGGUUAAAAGUCACUCGCUUUCCACUUCACGGCGGCGGGGGAGUUGACCUUUUUAAAAGUUGACAGCUCUCGAAACAGGUGCUUCGAGAAGGGAAGCUGGAAAGGCGUUCCCAGGAAAUUGCUUAAACAAAAUAAAAAGCGCAGCCUGCCUCUCCGUUUGUGGUCUGACAGGUUCACCGCAGCAGGAGCUCCUCAUUCAGGCAAGAAAGCACCUCAGCUCCAAGAUGGGCACCUUCAUUGGCCACAUCUCGCCGGGCCUGGCUUUCCUUUCCUUCGGGGUUCUCUACGCCUUCAAGUACUCCCUGAUGGUGCUCCGGGGUGAGGAGAUCCAACUUGUCUCCCGCUCGCGGCCACCUGGAUUCCGGGGUUGUUUGAAGCGGAUUCCAGCUGAAGGGGUGAUGAAGAUCGUAUACGGUACCCUGGCAGUCAUGGCAGAGUUCUUUUAUCCACCCGGAGUGUACAAACUGGUUAUUUAUAACAAGGAGAAGCCUGACUACCCCUUUAUCCACCCCAAUGAGUGGCAGCAUGCCACCAUGUAUUCCUAUUUCGCCCUGAGUGGCUGGAUGGACAUUAUUAGCCAGGCCUGUCUGCCCAGACGCCUGUUCCUGUUGGAAAGCAUAGCCAUCACCCUGGCGUUUUACAUCGAAGCGCUGCUGCUUUACUCUCACAUGCACGGCAAGGAGAGGGUAGAGAACUCCGUGCACACCUUGCUGCUGCUUGCCUGCUUUCUGGUCUGUCUGAUCCUGACUGUUGAGAUCUGGAGACCGAAUGACCACGUCCUGUGGUUCACCAAGACCUGCCUGGUGAUGACCCAGGGCACCUGGCUGCUGCACGCCGCCUUCAUCCUCUACAGACCCUUCACAGGCAAAGCCUGGAAGAGCGACGACAUGGCCAACCUCAUGUUCGUCACCAACUUUUUCUGUUGGCACAUCGCACUGAACAUCAUCCUGCUGGUGGUCAUCUUCUCACUUACCGCCCUGUGGUACCGCCGCUGUGACCGUGCUUUCCAAGAAGCCAAGAGGAAGGUCAGUCUCCACCUGAAGAAUGCGGAUGGCACAGGCCUCCUAUCGGAAUAUACCAAACUCCAGCCCGAGGAGGAGGAGACGCAAUUGCUCCAAGAAUGUGAUUUUUAAUGCCCCGAGUUCGGCGGGAGGGCAAUGUGCCUGAUCCACAGUGCGCCUCUCACUUCAAUUUAAUUAAUACCUUGAGCCAAGACUCAGAAAAGGUUAAUUAAUCUCUGUAUUUCUUUAAACUAGGCAGGCCAGGCAGGUAAGAAAGCCACCAAUAUUGUGUCCCUUACAGCUCUUAUGGACUGUAUUUUUGAGUCAAGAUUAGAGUGGGGCUGGAAAAGCUGCCCUGAUAAAGGGCUUUUGCCUGAAACGCUGAUUUUUCAGCUCCUCAGAUGCUGCCUGACCUGCUGUGCUUUUCCAGCCCCACUCUAAUCUAGACUCUAAUCUCCAGCAUCUGCAGUAUCCACUUUCACCUGGUAUUUUUGAAUCGUUUGUCUUUGUUAUUAAUGUUCAGAGGUGUUUCUCAGCUGCUCUGGAAAAAAAAGUAUUUGAGUAUUUAUACAGCGACCUGGUUCGCAUUAUGAUGCUUUUCAGACUGAAUGGUUAACAGCUACUAUGGUGGCUAACUUCAUUAUUCAUUAGCACAUAAUUCCCAUUAUUUGUGUUGACUAUCCCUUCUCUAUAAAUAAUUCAAAUUUAGUAAAUUAUUUUUUCUCUCUUGGAUAAUUUUCCCCAUACCCGUUUGUCACUUUAAAGAUACUGGUGAUGUAUUUUUGUGGAUCUUUAAACAGGUACCAGUGAAAUAGCAGCCUGUUUUAAUAUCUACCUGAUGUAUUUCUUCAUUCAAUUCAAUACAGCCAAAACAAGCUGCCAAUUUUUAUUUAUUCAUUCAUAGAAUUAGAGCAUUACUUGCAAGGCUAGCAUUUGUGGCCCAUCCCUAAAUGCCCAGACAUUCAAUCACAUAGGCCAGACCAGGUAAAAACAGCAAAUGCCCUUCCCUCAAGGGCAUUAGUGAACCAACUGGGUUUUUCCUGACAAUUGGCAGCAAUUUCAUCGUCUUCAUUAGUCUCCUCACUGAAGUUUUUUUUAAAUUGAAUUCAAAUUCCACCAUCUGACAUGAUGGAACUUAAACCCUGGUCCCUGGAAAUAAACCUGAUUUUCUGGAUUAAUAGUCAAGCAAUAUUAACAAUAAACCAUCACCUCCCCUGCUAAUGCCUAUUUUGCACAGUUAUCCAGGAUGAAUUUGUAAGUGCACAGCCUCUUUCCACAGGUAGCAUUUAUAUCCUUUUCUGAUAAGUAAGAUAUCUGUCCAUGCUGGUCUGGUCUGAGCUUUUCUAAUUCACUUGGAGACAGAGUGGAAUUCACAGUAUUGACAUUGGCAACAUCAUAAGAUUACAGCUGGGAUAUUAAGAAAUGGAUACAUCAUGCACCAUUCCCAAAGUUCCUUAAAUGCUGAAGCAGUUUAUGCCUACAUGCGACAAGAUUAAUUUUCAAGUAUGUACUGAAAGGGGUGAGUAACUCAAAUCAGACAAAUACCAGGCAGUGAUUAUCUUCAUCAAGACAGAAAGUAAGCAAUUUCUUUUGACAUUUGAAAGCAUUACCAUCUCUGAAUCCCCUACCACUCACAGUCUCAACGUUAUUGUUGAUCAGAAAUUUAACUGAGCCAAUCAUAUGAAUAAGGUGGCACUAUAUGAGCAGGUCACAUACUAGGAAUCCUGUGGCAGGCAACUCAUUUCUUGUUUCCUGACUCCCUGUUGCAAAGGCACAAGCUAAGAAUGUGAUGGAAUACUCUCCAGUUGGUUGGAUAGCAAGGCAAUUGAAACCCCAUCCACCAACUUCUAGCAUUCACCCCCAUCAACACCCUAUUUCACUACAGUGAUCACAGUGUGUACCAAUUUCAUAAUGCACUGCAGCAACCUUCCAUGGCUCCUUUGAUGGCACCUUCCAAACUUGUGACCUCUACCAGAUGGAAAGACAAGGACAGCUGAAACAUGACAAUACCACCACCAUCAACAAGUUACCUCUAAGCCACACACCAUCUGACUUUAAGAUAUAUCACCAUUCCUUCAUUGUCACAAAGUCAAAAUUAUAAACUCUCCUCCCCUAGCCCUAUAGGUGUAUCUACCCUUCCCCAUGGACUGCAACAGUACAAGAAUGUACCUCACUGCCACAUUCUUAAGGACACUCAUGCAGAUUGUCAAUGAUGCCCACAUUCCAAGAACAAUUUAUUUAAAAAGGUUACAUAUUCCCUUUCUAACACAGAGGAACAUGCCUACCUUUUUUUUUGAAAUCAGCAAGCUCAACAAAGAUUAAGAAUGGUACAUGGGAUUCCAUUAGUCCCCAUGGUUUAUAUUCUCAUUGAAAAAAGUUUGUUGAACCAUUUAGGGAAGUAUGAAUGUAAUGUUAACUGUGUGAUACCCAACACCUUUGUAUCAGCAACAAGAUAUUGAAUUGGGUUUAUUAUCACAAGCCAGGAGUCUGACAGAUAACAAUGCAGUUGCCUAGAUGGUCCAACAACACUCAAGAAUCUUUAUACAAUUCGGGUCAAUACAAAUUAUUGAUUUAGUACCUCAUCCACUGUCAUAAACAUCUGCUCCCUCUGCCACUAUAGGGCCACAGCCUCACUGCUUACCAUCUGUGCUGCAAACCCUCACCAAGGCACAUUAGUAGUAAUUCAUAAACUGCACUACUUAAAAGGAUGGGCAAUAGGCAUGUUUGAAUUGGGUCACCUUCAAGCUCCCUUCCAAGUCACAGACCAUGUUUUCAUGAACAGAUAUCACCAUUGUUUCAUUAUUGCUCUGUCAAAAUCCUGGAAUGUCCUACUAGGCAACCCCCUUUGACAUUGCAAGGCAUUACCAUCACUGAAUUCUUUACCACCAACAUAGAUUAGAUUAGAUUAGAUUACUACAGUGUGGAAACAGGCCCUUCGGCCCAACAAGUUCACACCGACCCGCCGAAGCGCAACCCACCCAUACCCUACAUUUACCCCUUACCUAACACUAUGGGCAAUUUAGCAUGGCCAAUUCACCUGACCCCGCACAUCUUUGGACAGUGGGAGGAAACCGGAGCACCCGGAGGAAACCCACGCAGACACGGGGAGAACGUGCAAACUCCACACAGUCAGUCGCCUGAGUUGGGAACUGAACCCGGGUCUCAGGCGCUGUGAGGCAGCAGUGCUAACCACAGUGCCACCGUGCCGCCCACAAUCCUGGAAUAUCCUACUAGGCAACCCCCUUUGACAUUGCAAGGCAUUAUAUACUGGACAUUGCCAUUGGUAAGAAAUGUAGCUGCAUCAGCCACAUAAAUAAGGUGUCUACAAGAACAAAUCAGAGACUGGGAAUUCUGUGGCAGGUAACUCACUUCCUAUCUCACCACUGUUGACCUACUGUUUACAAGGCAUGACUCAGGGUGUGAAGGAAUACUUUAGGAACAUUUUCACCAUCCAGCGUGCAAUGGCUUAAGAAGAAGGCCCAUCAUCACCUUCUCAAACAUAACUUGGGAUCAACAAUAAAUGCUGAAUUUACCAAUAAUGCCGGCAUAUUGAUGAUUAGUUACACAAAAUUUUAAAAUGUAUAACAUACUCUGUUGUUGAAAUUAAUGUAUGGUUUAGAGGAAUUGAAUAAAGAGAUACGGAAAAUUUCAUUUCAUUUUCUAUCCUGAGCUUUUAAAAUUGAAUGGUUUACAAUGUUAGCAAAAGUCUUUUUUUUACCUGAAUUGAGCUGAAGUAUGAAUGAAAAUCAUUAAUUGAUAACAUCAAAUUGUUAAAAUGACUUGAAUGAAGAUAUGAACGUUUAUAUGUUUCAAAUAUGUGCAAUGACUGUAAUUCAGUUCUAACAAUGCUUGUGUAAUUGUUGCUAUAAUAUUCAUUUGCAAGUUAACAUUGUUGCUGUGAGAGAUUUAAAACUCCAAGUCACAUUAAAAUGACAAGAUUUUGUUUA